CAGAGGUUUAUGGUAGGACGUCAUAUGAUGAAAUUAGGCCUACUUCAAGUGCGCGUAAAAGUGAUCUUGUCCGGAUGUCAUUUUUGCGACCCUUGGCUGCCUUUUCUGCUUUGAGGAAUUGUCCUAUUUUAACGAAAAAGAAGCCCCUGCCUCAAGCCCCACGGGGAGGAGUUCAAAGAUGUUUAAUGCUUCAUACUGUAAGUGCACUAUGAAGAAACUAAAAUGUGCCAUUGUAAUCACCUUCGUUUUUGCACUCCUUGGGAUUAUGCUGAUGUUUUCACAAAUCUGGUCAAGUGGAUACUGGUUCUCUGAGUCACAAGGCCAACAUUGUGUCAAAAAGAUGAACUGUUCUGUUUCCAAUUGUCUUCAUGCAGUAUCAACAGAAACAUUUGUCGGUAUCCAAGGAUGCAAAACAUUAUAUUUUAAUGCCUUCUUGGAACAUCGGACUUCUUUUCCAAGUGUCAGAGUCUUAGCUAUUGUGUGGCGGGCUGAAGAAACUCCUCAUUACUGUGUUUUGUAUUGUGAAGAUUUGUUGUUUGUAGUUUCCGCAAAGAAGACCGUUCACAGCAGCCAUUAUGGUUUCCCUUAUGGAAUGGCUGAUUUUCUCUGCACCAUUCCAGGGGAUUGCAAACCAAAGCAUGCAGCCCUCACUACUGCUGGGAGUGAUUAUGUGAACAGCACCUUCAUAAGUGUUCUUAAUCAGGAGCCAAGAGACAGUGAGUUCCCAGUGGACAUCACCGUCUGUAUCAGUACCAUGUUUAAUGGGUACAACAAUGUCCUCCAGUUCAUCCAGGCUAUGGAGAUGUAUUAUCUACUAGGAGCCCAGAAGGUGGUGGUCUACAAAAGUAGCUGCAGCCCAGGCAUGGAAGAAGUGCUGCGCUACUACCAAGAUAACUUGGGAUUUGUGGAAGUCCUCCCUUGGCCAAUCAGUGCCCACAUCAAUGUGUCCUCCGAUUGGUUGGUCUCGGUGUCCCCUGGUGACCUCCAUUACAAUGGACAAAUCCAAGCACUCCAUGAUUGUAUGUAUCGUAACAUGUACAGUUCCAAGUAUGUGUUUUUACACGAUCCAGAUGAGAUCAUCCUUCCAUAUCUGGAUAAAAGCUGGAGGGACUUCCUAGAGAGGUUGAGGGCCAAGUAUGGAGACGUCAACUACUCCUUUGAGAAUAAUGUCUUCCCUGUUGAGGAGUUUGACGACAGCGGGAGGUACUACCUGAAGGAGUGGGCUUCCCUUCCUGGUGAGAGCUUCCUACAGCACACUCUUCGAGAGCCACUUCCAAUGUUUCCCCCCCCAUCAGGAAAACUGAUCAUCAAUCCACGAACUGUGUUUGAAUUGAAUGUGCACCUAGUGGACAGAGGCAGCACUAGUACUGUCAAGGUGCCACCCUCCUUGGGGAGAAUGUAUCACAUCCGGCGCAGGAAAAACAAAGCACUGAAAAGGAAUGAUUUGAUUGUAGAUGAAGGGUUGUGGAAAUGGGCUCCACAAAUGAUCAGGGAAGUGAAUAAAGCGCUCAGUCGAAUGAACUUGUUUUCUCAGAAGCACCAAAUGCAUUAAAACAUGCUCAGGAAUACAGAUAAUGUGUACAUAGUUUAGUUUGAUUUGUUAAAAGAUAUUGUAAUGCUUCAACCUUUUUCAACCCAAGGACCCCUGAGCACGGACCUCCACCCCUUAAUUGACCCAAAUUUAGGCCUGAUAUUCAUUAUAUUCCUUAUAUUUAUAUCAUAUAUUCUUAUUUUUGGGGCUAAAUAUCAGAAACACACACACACACACACACACACACUUCACCUACACAUGUAUACAUGUGGGAGGUUGGCGUUUUAGGCCGAAAAUCAGGACCGGUAUUCACAAAGAUUUUUAUCUUAGCACUAAGAGUAGGCCUACUCCUAAAUCGCGCUAAAAGAUAUUAGCUAGGAGUUUUCUCUGAAAAGUUAUUCACAAAGCCUUUCAGACCUUUUAGUAAGGAGAAACGACAACUCCUAAACUAAUAGUUGCUGCGUUUACAUGAGAGCUUUAAUUCCGAAUAAAACCAAGUUAAUUCGGAAUACAAGUUAAUUCCGCUUUAAAAGAGACCAUGUAAACACUUAUUCCGCUUGAAAAUGAUUAUUCGUAAUCAAACUUAAUUCCGAUUUAAGUGGUUGGUUUAUUCCGAUGUUAAGUAAGGGAUAAUGUAUAGAACGCCGGUCAUUAUCGGAAAAUAA